UAAACUUCGUGAGUUAAGUUAUGCUGAAGUUUUGCUCCUGAACGGCAGCACUCAUCCUGCUCUGUGUCAUCUCUUUGGCACAGCCUCCAACAGAUUGUACACAAUCAUCAUGGCGACCCAGGAUGGAAGUGCAGAAGUCAUAAUGGAAUCUGAUACGAGGCCAAAUGAUGGUGAACCACUUGAGGGCGAUUCGGAAAAUGCAUCUCAAACGGAUUCGGGAAACGCCACAACUCAGGACUGUAGUAUUAGCAACGGGGACGAUGCCGAUGAGCAGCAGGAGAUGGUUGACUUGAAGAUUAUCUGGAAUAAGAAUAAGUAUGAUCUUAAAAUUGGUAUUGACAACACCGGAGCCAAACUAAAAGAGAAAAUCCAUUCACUCACUGGUCUUCCACCUUCAAUGCAGAAAGUGAUGUACAAAGGAUUGCUCCCCGAAGACAAGACGCUUCGAGAAAUAAAAGUUACAAAUGGUGCAAAAAUAAUGGUAGUAGGAUCUACAAUAAAUGAUGUUUUAGCUGUGAAUACGCCCAAAGAGGUCAUUCAACAGGAAGUCAAAGCCGAGGAAAACAAGAAAGAGCCUUUAUGUAGACAAAAGCAACACAGGAAGGUCUUGGACAAAGGUAAACCAGAAGACAUAAUGCCAGCUAUCAAAGGAACCAAGGAGCGAUUACCCACAGUGCCUUUAUCCGGGAUGUUCAACAAAUCCGGAGGAAAAGUUAGACUCACAUUUAAACUGGAGCAGGAUCAGUUGUGGAUUGGAACAAAGGAGAGAACGGAGAAAGUCCCCAUGGGCUCCAUUAAAAACGUAGUGUCUGAGCCCAUUGAAGGCCACGAGGACUAUCACAUGAUGGCUUUUCAGCUUGGUCCAACAGAAGCCUCUCAAUACUGGGUCUACUGGGUGCCUGCACAGUUUGUUGAUGCAAUCAAAGACACAGUGCUUGGAAAAUGGCAGUAUUUCUAAUGUGCCUCUAUAAUGACAGUUCUGAACUGGGAAUAAACAAAAAACAUAAAAAUAACUGGAGACUGCAGUGAGGCUUCAAGACCUUGUGGAUUUUAAAGAGGAAGUGAACUGAUGCCUGGACUAAUCAUAUUCUUUUUAGGUUCAAAGUGCACUAUGUGGCAGCAGAGCAUUUCUCAGCCCAAAUGUCUAUUCAAGAUUUUCAUCAAAUUCAAGGGAAAACAGUGAAACAAUUGUACAGAAAUUGCUAACACUUUUCUUCAUUUAUUCUUAAAGAAAUAAAACUUAUUUAAUGAAAUGAA